UUGCUUGUUCUCCACCCCUGGAAAAAAACUCCCAAAUGAACUCCUGCUCCAACUGCCAGGACCAGCUACUCCAACUUCUGUCUGAGAACACGUGGAUCUGCAAGAAUUACAGUGGAACACACUUUGUAAAAAAGAUAUUUUUCUGACUCUUUUUCGUUUACAGAAAAGCUGCCUUUAUUUUUGAAUAUAUAUAUUAUUGUUUACAUUUUUGCACAGUUUUAAUUUUUGCUUUUAAACAUUUUAAAUUCCUUUUAUUGAUGGAAAUCAACAACGUGAUGGAGUUUACAGUUGUUAUGCAGUAACUCAGGUCACUGUGUGCUGGGGUUACACAGCGCAGAGAGCUGUUGUUUGUAUUGAUGAGCACACUUACAGCUAAGGGCACUAGAGGAGAUCAGGUUUUCUCUGGUGACUUUGAUAGACAGCUGCCAUGCAGUACUGGAGCUGACGACUGUCAAAGGAAGUUUUCAACCCCGACAAGUGUAAGCUUACCUGCAAAUCAUUUCAGUCUGAUGGACAAAUGAUGACAUGAGAGCCCAUUGGGUCAGCCAUGGAAGUGCAUAAUGGUGAAGUUAAUAAUAUAUCUGGGGUAGUAUUCAAUGGGUACAUGAACAAAACGUACCAAGCUUGUCCCAAGGAGAGGAACACAGAAACAAUGGCGAUAUGUGAGUUUGAUCAAUGUGAUCCAGGCGAGGUUUCUACACAUCUCAAAAUGGAUGAUACAGCAGUUCGGUAUGAAAAGAAAGCUAAAGGGACCCGUAUUUGGAAAUUUGUCAGCCGGAGAAGAGCCAAUUCAGGACGAAACAAGAGGCCACAAUCUAUGAUCCUCAGUAGUGAUAUCACUGAUGCCAAACCUAAGCUAUCUUUUAUGGACAAGUUCAGAUCCUUUAAAAGGUUAAGGUCUUCCACUUUCUCUAAAAGUUCAGUUCUUCGUAAUUCAAAAGCCAAAGUUCAGAACCUUUCUGUAGAAGACAAUGAAGUGGAUCUUCCAAGUGCCAUUUUUAGGACUAGAAAAUUCACAGAUGGGCAAAGACCAUAUAGGCACUCAUAUGCUGGUUACAUUGAUGACUUUGAAAAUUCAUUUGAAGAUGUGGAAUUAAAUAUAUGUAUUUCUGAAUGUGAUUCCAAUGAAAACAGGUGGUUGAGGGAUAUUUCUGUUGGUAUGAAUGGAGAUUCAGAAUUCAUGGAUAGUCAAAGCAUGACCAGCCAUCGUAGACAUGCUAUGAACACCAAAAGCUCAACUAUUGCUGAAGGGGAAAUUCAGAGGCGAGGCCUUAAAAUUCCACCAGAGCAUCGUAGAGGCCAAACUUCCUAUAUGUGGAAUUAUCUGAAAAAGAUUUCUUUGGCUAACAAAGAUAAUCUGAAAGGAUUUGAAAAUAACACGUUCCCAAAUGUAGCAAGCACAGAAAAUAACUCUUUAUACACAGAAAUUGACAAAAGAUUGGUGGACAGUGUGGAUGAGUCAAAAGCAUAUGAUAAUUCUAGUGCUACCAAGUCUAAAAACUUUAGCAGUGUCCUUAAGUUUUUCAGCAAUGUGGCUGUAGCUGCUAGAAAGUGGAGAGGCUCCUCUAGGUCUUUUACAUCUGAAGAUCAAAUGUCUCAAUCCACCCCUCGGACUCCUAAACUGCAGAUCUCCACCACAAAGGAGCCCCUUAUUAUAGCGAAUGAAAAUGCUGUGGCUUUUCCUUUACAGGAUUUCCAAUAUCCGGAUUCAGGGAUUUGUGACCAUCAGGGUGAUGAUAGUACACAAAUUCAUGAUGUUGCACCAGAAUUAAACUCACAGGGGGAUUCAGAGUGUAUUUUUUCACAAACAGUGGGGGACACUUCAUCUUUAGACAAAAGCUCUUGUAUUGAAUAUGUAUCUCCAGAAACAUCUCACACAACUCUUCUGUUGCCACAAUAUGAGGAAUACCACAGAACUAACACAGAAAGCCCAGAUUUAUACGGCCCAAAUUUGGGCUUACACACUUGUUCUGAAAGUUUUUUAGCUAAUAAUAAUUUAGACAUGGAGGAAUCCAAACUAAAUUGCGUUUUAGGGUCAAACCCAGAAAAUAGUCUUGUAACUGAACAAGGUCAACUGGAGGGGCAGGAUGAAGAUGUGUUUGAGUACAGUGAUUCUGCUGCUGAAUCUCGUUUUAGCCUGUCCACAAAUUCUUCGUCUAGCGAGGAGUGGAAUGAUACACUUAAUGUCACCAGAGAAGAAGAAAACAAACAACUCUUUAAAAAUCAAGAUCCUGUGUUUGUUCAGGAACAUCUUCUUGGGGAUCUGGGUCAGCCUCCUGGAGAAGUGGGACAGAUUGCUACUAAACCUGAUGAAGAUGUCGGCAAAGCUUUAGAUAAUCACAGCUGUGAAGCAAAUGAGUCUGAUGCAGACCAGAAGAGCAAUGAUUCUGAGGACAUUACAUUAUUGUCUACUGAUAAUGAUUCAGAGGAUCACAGCAUCCUGCCACCUAUGCGCCUCCCGCCAACUCCACUCACUAUGCCCUCAUCUCAUAAGUUCCCUCUGGACAGAUGUAUGUCCCUGCCUCUCUCACAGAGCACUCCAUCAGGACUGGACCAAGUGGGGUGGAUGAAAAAGAAGCUUAUGAGUACAGGUGAAGCUGAUUUUGGCUCUAAGACUCUAGAAGUUCGGAGAGAUAGCCGGAAAGGGAAGAGCAGAUGGAGGGCCCUAAAGCCAGGAUCACAUCAACUGCCAGUGCACAAGCUGAUCAGCGGGGGAUCUAUUGUGAGUGCUGAGGCAGCAUGGGAUCAUGUCACCAUGGCCAACCGGGAGUUGGCAUUUAAAGCUGGAGACGUCAUCAAGGUCCUGGAUGCUUCCAACAAGGACUGGUGGUGGGGUCAGAUCGACGAUGAGGAAGGGUGGUUUCCUGCUAGCUUUGUGAGGCUAUGGGUAAACCAAGAAGAUGGAGUGGAAGAAGGUCCCAGCGAAGUGCAAAAUGGGCACUUGGACCCGAGCUCGGACUGCCUAUGUAUUGGCAGGACCCUUCAGAACAGGGAUCAGAUGAGAGCUAAUGUAAUUAAUGAAAUCAUGAGCACUGAGCGACACUAUAUUAAGCACUUGAAAGACAUCUGUGAGGGUUACUUAAAGCAGUGCAGGAAACGACGGGACAUGUUUAGUGACGAGCAGCUGAAGGUCAUCUUUGGGAACAUCGAGGAUAUCUACCGGUUCCAGAUGGGCUUCGUCAGAGACCUAGAGAAGCAGUAUAACAACGAGGAGCCACAUCUCAGUGAAAUAGGGCCCUGCUUUCUUGAACAUCAAGAUGGUUUCUGGAUUUAUUCAGAGUACUGUAACAACCACUUAGACGCCUGCAUGGAGCUCUCCAAACUUAUGAAAGACGGCAGGUACCAGCAUUUCUUUGAAGCGUGCCGGCUCCUCCAGCAAAUGAUCGACAUCGCCAUUGAUGGCUUUCUUCUCACACCUGUGCAGAAGAUCUGCAAGUACCCGCUUCAGCUGGCUGAGCUACUUAAAUACACAGCACAGGAUCACAGCGAUUACAGGUAUGUGGCGGCUGCACUCGCUGUCAUGCGGAACGUCACUCAACAAAUCAACGAGCGGAAGAGGAGACUGGAAAACAUUGACAAGAUUGCUCAGUGGCAAGCGUCGGUCCUUGACUGGGAGGGAGAUGACAUCUUGGACCGGAGUUCAGAGCUAAUCUACACAGGGGAAAUGCAGUGGAUUUAUCAGCCAUAUGGUCGCAACCAGCAGAGAGUUUUCUUCCUCUUCGAUCAUCAGUUGGUUCUCUGCAAAAAGGACCUGAUCCGUAGAGAUAUCCUUUACUACAAAGGUCGCAUGGAUAUGGAUAAAUAUGAGGUGAUAGAGGUGGACGAUGGACGGGAUGAGGAUUUUAAUGUAAGCGUGAAGAACGCAUUUAAACUGCACAACAAGGAGACAGAAGAGAUGCACCUUUACUUUGCUAAAAAAUUGGAGGAAAAACUAAGAUGGCUGCGUGCAUUCCGAGAGGAGAGGAAAAUGGUUCAGGAAGAUGAGAAGAUUGGGUUUGAAAUAUCAGAAUACCAGAAGAGGCAAGCGGCGAUGACUGUGCGGAAAGUCAGCAAGCAGAAAGCCGGUGUCAGCUGUCCUCGAUCUGUUCCUCCAGCAUACCCGCCCCCUCAAGAACCUGGGCCAAUACAAGGACAGUAUAUGGUAACUGAUGGUAUAUCCCAGCCACAGGUUUUUGAGUUCACUGAACCCAGGAGAAGUCAGUCUCCGUUCUGGCAAAAUUUCAGCAGGUUGACGCCUUUCAAAAAAUAAUACAGAGAUAUAAAUAUAUAAAUAUAUAUAUUGGGAAAAGGAGUAAUUAAAAAAAAAAAAAGAAAAUUAUAUUUAUAGAUGGACCUUUUUACGGAGAAGCACUGUUGCAACUAAACUAUGAAAGGACCAAAAAAAAAUUCAAGACAGGAAAAUUAUCACAAAAAAAAACAUUUUUUGUUUUAAAUCUUUUUUUUUUUUUUUUUUUUUUUUUUUUCUGUCGUCAAACAUCAGGACGUUCUCUGCUUUGAAAAUCUCCAUGAGACUUGCUCACUUUCUGUCUCACUGGUAAUACCAUUUUAUGACCACUUGGACUACCCUUGCUGUUCGUUGCAAGUAACGUACAAUAAAUUCCAUACUUUUUUUUCAUCUAUAUAUUGCACAUUUUGAUUCACAAAACAGGUCCUUUAAAGCAUAAAGGGAAAAAAACAGACAAAAUGGAAAUCAUUCUGACAAAAAAAAAGAAAGGACAUGACCUGCUUGUCAUUUGAUGUUUUUCCAGCCCAACAUUCCAUUUUAAAGCCUGCAGAUCCAGUAGGAUUUUCAAUUCACCUUCCCCUUGGCACUCAAGGGGUUAACAGCACACAUCUCAUUCGUCAUAUCAAAAGAGUGAAACUGCUACUUUUUUUUUUGUUUUUGGAAAGUGGUCAGUCCAUGGUGCUGCUGCCGCAGGAAAAAAAUAAAAUAAUAAGAUCGUAA